AUGUGUAAUGGAGACUUCUUACAAAAAGACCCGGAUGAAGUCAUAGAGUAUCUAGACAACUUAGCUGAAAAGGCUCACAUUUGGACUGGACCUAAUGUCUCCGACCUCAACUUUAGCUGGAAGUCUGAGAACCAACAACAUGCCCAACAAACUCGAGCUUACAAUGCACCCUCACGUCAACCCAUGUCCUCUAGGAAUUCUUUAGAAGACACCCUACAUGCAUUCAUCGAGGGGCAAGGCAAAACAAAUAAAAAAUUUGAGACUAUGAUUGCCCAGGUAGUCGAGGAAAACAAAGAGAUAAAGAAUCAUAUGUCUAAAUUAACCAAUGCCUUAUCUGUAGGGAAACGUGGGAAGUUUCCAGCUCAAGCUCAACAAAACCCAAAAGGGCAACACAUGGCACAAACCUCAAGAUCUAAAGAAACAAAUUUUAAGGAGGUGAAUGCUAUAACCACUAGAUCAGGAAAGGUUGUAAAACCAACCCCUCCACCUAGAGAGAAUAGAAAAGAGCCAAGUGAGCCUAAUGAGAGCAGUCCUAGUGAGGAAGUUGUGGAAAACCUAGCUAGAAUACCUUUCCCUCAAGCUCUCAAGUCCAUUUUGAAAUCAACAGGUCAGCAUAAUGAAAUCCUAGAACACCUCAGACAAGUCAAAAUCAAGCUCUUAUUAAUUGUAGAAAUGGAGGAAGCAUCCACAAUAGUUGAUUCUAAUUCUUUGAACUCUUUUCUCCUAAAUUCUGAAAUUUCAUGUGAUUUUGAUGUUGAUGAGUAUGCUAACAUUUGUGCUAUUUUUGCAAAAUUGCAUGACCACAGGACUUCACCAUGGCAACCCAAGUUUGAGGAAUUGCCAGAAAGGAUUAGAGGACAGAAACCAUCAAGUAUUGAAAGCCCUAGGCCAGAAUUGAAACAACUUUCUAUAGGACUGAAACAUGUGUUCCUUGGACCAGGUGAUACCUUUCCUCUCAUUAUUUCGUCAGAAUUGGAUGCAUUACAAUGUAAACAACUUUUAAACAUUCUAAAUGAACACAAAUCUGCAUUAGGAUGGACCAUAGCCAACAUCAAAGGUAUUAGUCCUUUAAUUUGUUCCCAUAGGAUUCAUUUAGAGGAAGGGGCUAAUCCUAGGAGAGACUCACAACUUAGGCUAAACCCUACAAUGAAGGAAGUGGUAAAGAAUAAGGUGCUUAAAUUGCUAGAUGCAGGAAUCAUUUACCCAAUUGUAGACAGUAAAUAUCGCAUGUGCAUUGAUUAUAGGAAGUUAAAUGCUGCCACUCACAAAAACCAUUUUUCUCUUCCCUUUUUGGACCAAAUACUUGAACGUGUGGUUGGUCAUCCCUUUUACUAUUUUCUAGAUGGCUAUUUAGGAUACUAUCAAAUUGAGAUUGCUUUAGAAGACCAGGAAAAAACCACAUUCACGUGUCCUUUUGGUACCUAUGCAUUUCAUAGAAUGUCAUUUGGACUUUACAAUGCCCCUGCCACAUUUCAAAGAUGCAUGAUGAAUAUGUUUAGUGAUAUGGUAGAUGAUUGCAUGGAAGUUUUUAUGGAUGACUUGACUGUCUUUGGGACCUCCUUUGAUGCAUGUUUGUCAAAUUUGAAAAGAGUCUUGGCAAGAUGUGAAGAAAAAGGCUUAGUUUUGAAUUGA